CAACCAACUGUUGCUGGUUUCUCUGCUGGAACACUUGAGCCAUGUGCAUGAACCGAACCCACUUCAUUCCAGACAGGUGUUUAAAUAUGGAGCUUAUUACUUUCCUGACCCACCAGGAAUGGUCACCCAAUGACUGCUCAGUGUUAGAGAGUGCUUUGUCAGACCUUCAUCAAAAUGGGGCUGCUGUCGUCUUUCAGCUGCAGCGAUGAGUUUAGCUCAUUGAGGCUGCAUCACAACAGAGCCAUCACUCAUUUAAUGAGGUCAGCCAAGGAGAGAGUGCGUCAGGAUCCUUGUGAGGAUAAUUCUCAUAUCCAGAAGAUCAGAUCAAGGGAAGUCGCCUUUGAAGCACAGACUUCACGUUACUUAAAUGAGUUUGAAGAGCUUACCAUCUUAGGAAAGGGUGGAUAUGGAAGAGUAUACAAGGUCAGGAAUAAAUUAGAUGGCCAGUAUUAUGCGAUUAAGAAAAUCCUGAUUAAGGGUGCAACUAAGACAGAUUGCAUGAAGGUACUACGGGAAGUGAAGGUGCUGGCGGGUCUUCAGCAUCCUAACAUUGUGGGCUAUCACACUGCCUGGAUUGAGCACAUUCAUGUGACCCAAAUGCAAGCAGAUAGAAUUUGUAUUCAGUUGCCAUCUCUGAAAGUGAUCUCUACCCAGGAGGAUGACAGGUGUCAGUACGAUGUUGAAAAUGAUGAGAGCAAUAGCUCAUCCAUUAUCUUCGCCGAGCUCACCUCAGAAAAAGAAAAGUCCUCAGUAGGAUCUGGCACUGAACGUCAGAGUAACAGAUUGGUGAACUACACCCCCAGCCUCGUCAGAAGAGAUGACAGUGAAUUUGAAUCAUCCAUUGAGCUCCAGGAAAAUGGCUUGGCUGAGUUGUCUUCCAGAUCAGUUGAGAAUCAGCUGCCACUUAGGCUUCAUUCAGACUUAGAGGGGAAUUUCACAUCCACUGAGGAAUCUUCUGAAGAAAACUUAAACUUGGCAGGACAGACCGAGGUUCAGUACCACCUGAUGCUGCACAUCCAGAUGCAGCUGUGCGAGCUCUCUCUGUGGGACUGGAUCGUGGAGAGGAACCGGCGGGUUAGGGAGUGUGUGGACGAGUCUGCCUGUCCAUAUGUUAUGACCAGUGUUGCAACAAAAAUUUUUCAAGAAUUGGUGGAAGGUGUAUUUUACAUACAUAACAUGGGGAUUGUGCACAGGGACCUGAAGCCCAGAAAUAUUUUUCUUCAUGGCCCUGAUCAGCAAGUGAAAAUAGGAGACUUUGGUCUGGCCUGCGCAGACAUCAUACAGAAUCCAGACUGGACCAGCAGUAAUGGAAAGAGGACACCGACACAUACCUCCAGAGUGGGGACCUGUCUGUACGCGUCUCCCGAGCAGUUGGAAGGAUCUGAGUAUGAUGCCAAGUCCGACAUGUACAGCUUGGGUGUGAUCCUGUUGGAGCUCUUCCAGCCUUUUGGAACAGAAAUGGAGCGAGCGCGGGUCCUAACUGGUUUGAGAACUGGUCAGAUACCCGAGUCCCUCAGUCAGAGGUGUCCCGUCCAAGCCAAGUGCAUCCAGCAGCUAACCAGGAGGAACGCAUCCCAGAGGCCGUCUGCCGUGCAGCUGCUGCAGAGCGAGCUUUUCCAAAAUUCCGGAAGGGUUAAUCUCACUCUGCAGAUGAAGAUACUAGAGCAGGAAAAAGAAAUUGAAGAACUAAAGAGGCAGCUAAGCCGCCUCUCUCAGGACAGAGGGGUCAAGGAGGACACGAAAGACGGGGGUGUUCCCAUUUAGCUUAAUUAGGCUCCAGAAAUACGAAAGUGGACUUCAACUCUUUAAGCUAAAGUCAACUGGAAUGUAUAGUUUCACUCUUUACCAGAGUAUAGAUGGUGAAAUACUUAGUUGUAGUCAGUAAGCUUGUACAUGGUUUAUUAAAGAGAGGCUGCAGAAGUGCCCCCAACUGCUUUUUCCUUAGGAGAACUUUCCCAAUCUAGCAUUUGGAACUUGACUGCUCCAAAUGACACCUGUUGUGCUCUUCCCCCUUUUCUGCCCCGAGCUCCUAUUCCUGGAUCGCUCAGUAUUUGCCUAGUCUCUCAGACUAAAAGUUUACAUGCCAUCCUUCGUUCUUUUCUGAACUCUGCCUGCCGACCACCAGAUCCUCCUGUAGAAGCGUCUACUGCAGAAAUCACAGUGUGCCCUGCACCCUGUCACUACCCAGGCCCAGCUUGCGCAUGUGCUGGACUGGUGGUUUCGACAGCUGCCACUUUUUCUGACCCUUUCACACGCUGCCAGUGAACUUCCAGAAGGACAUCUCAGUUCACACCAGGCUCAGAAGCCUCUGCUGCCUCCAGCCCAUUUCUGUUGGCAUCACCUUCAACUUGGCAGCAUUAUGCCCUUUCAAAGCUCUGUGUUUCUUGCCCCAAAAUGACCUCAGAGCAGCUCUGAUGCCAGUGUCCUGACUCUUGCCCUCAGUUCUCCGUCACAGCCCAAGUCCCACCUUCCUCAAAGGCAGCCACGGGACAUUCCUUUGUGUGCCCAAGAGCUGCCUGCCAUGAAGCUGGCAGGUGUCCUGGUAUAUUGCACAUGAUACUGCUAAAUUUUAAUAAAAGAAAAACCACAAUUA